AUGCGUCUCCCUUACGCUCCCCAGUCUCCAGAGGGCUUAAGUGCCGAUACGCAAGAAAUCUACUCGCGCAUUGCGGCCCGACGUACUCCACGGCCGCUGAUUCCUCUCGACCUCACCCUUUUGCAUGCUCCCCAGGUUGCAGAUGGGUACAACAGCUUCGUGGGAGCUCUUCGGUCGAAAACCAUCCUGCACGCCGAUUUCCUAGAACUGUCAAUAUCACGCAUCGCCGUGUUGAACAAGGCUGUGUAUGAGUGGAAUAUCCAUGCACCACUCGCGUUGACGCCGGGGUCACAGCAUCAGAGCUGCAGCAGCUCCUCUCACUACCAUCAUUUACCGAAGCCACCGAAAGAAGUGCGGAAGCCUGGAGACAGACCUGCCUCAGAGCUCGGCAACGAGCCAUUGUUGCUUAUACUGAUGCGAUGA